AUGUCUUCAUGUCAAAUUGACAUGCUGCCCGACAAGUUCUACGAUAAACUGGAGGAGGGAAGCAUCAUAGUCAAGAGGUCGCCGAGCUUUCACUUCUGCAGGGAAGGUCUGAUAGUCAGCGGAGAAGACAAACCAAUCUCGAGCGAUCUCGUGAUCCUUGCCACCGGAUACAAAGGUGAUCAGAAGCUCAAGAAUAUUUUCAGAUCUUCAGUCUUCCAAGAGCACCUCAUCCCUUCACCAACUUCAAGCGUUCCUCUUUACAGAAUAGGAUACGGGGAAGGCCUUGCAAGCCUGCCGACCACGGAGAUCAGAUGCCAGUGGCUCGUGCACCUCCUUGAAGGGAACAUCAAGCUGCCAAGCAUCAGGGUGAUGGAAAAUGACACAGCGAGGUGGGAAAUUCACAUGAAGCAAUACGGUGGGAAGGGCUUCUGGAGAUCAUGCAUUGGAGCCACCAUCAUUUGGUACAACGACCAGCUGUGCAAGGACAUGAACUGCAAUCCAAGAAGAAAGAGGGGGUUUUUAGCCGAGUGGUUCCAACCUUAUGGACCAACUGAUUAUGCAGGCCUCACUAAUCAGAAACACUGA